AUGGCACAGACCCGACACGCGAAGCCCCCUCGACCACCGAGUCGCAGCCGGUUCCUCGAGGGCUCCAUGAACGACCGCACCUCCACAGCGCCCCCUUUGCAGUACAUUGGCGCAUCACACCUUGAAAUCGACGAGUGCACCAAGCCUGUGCUCACGACGACCAUUCACAGCAUCGACCAGGCCCAAGCACAACAGCACGAGCAGCAGCAGCAGCCACCGGCACCAGGCACCGCGACAAAGCGCGGGAGCAAACAACUCCUGGGACAAGUAUGGGAAGGCGUCCGCGACAAAUUCCGUAGCAAGAGAGACAAGGAACAGCCUGCGCUGGCCGCAGCACCCGUCUCUCGAGCCGACAAGAGGGACCCAUCGCCCAACGACGACCGGCCAUCCAAGGAGGAAAUCUACGCAAACUACCAAAAUCUCAUGGCAUCCGGCUUCUUCACCUCCCACGCCAUCCAGUCCACGCGUCAGCCAGCGCCAGGCACCAACACAAACCCCGUCUGGCCUCUCCCGCAGCGCCCAACGACACCAUCCACCACACAGCACCAUCACCAUCUCCGCGCGCCCCCUACCGCGUCGCCCGUCCACUCACCAGCCAGCGCCUCGUCACGCGGCACCAAGCGCGCCGCCACGCUCGACGACGACGAGCUCCUCCCGCUCUCCAACAAGAAACUCCGCAAGGCAGGCUCCUCGCGGGACAUUGCGAUGCCGAAACUUCGCUCGUCGACACGUCUCGCCCAGGCACGCUCCUUUAGCAACGCGCGCACCGCGGCCAUGGAACUGCAACAACAGCAGCAGCAGGAGCAGGAGCGGCAAGUCCGUGAACCGAACAAGCUCACGAAGCGUGUCUUGAAGGGGAGCAGCAACAACCCCCCCGUCCCCGUCCCCGUGCCGGAGCGCGGUGCCUCGAGGCGUAAUUUUAGUGAUAUCCUCGCCCGUAUCGCCCCCCAGCAGCAACAGGACGACGCAACGACGGCGCCUGUGCGCGUGCUGCGUCCUAGAAGGAGCGCGGCGGACCAUGGCCGCAGGGCGUUGCGGGUCAAGCCUAGCAUCAACGAGGGCAUACCGGGCGUCCCUGACAUACCGCCCAAGUUCACGUAUGGGGAGGAUAGGGAGAAUGAUGGGCCGUGGAGGGCUCUUAGAAGGGCUGCUCACUGA